UUUGCCCGCCCCUCUCUUUCUGCUACUGGCUGUGCGGCCGUGGGUCUCCGCCCCUUAACCCUGCGCUUGCGCGUGGGCCGGGGUAGCGCGUUGUACCUGAUGGUAGGAGGCAGUAGUUUCCCGCUUCCCUUCCGCGGGCGGGCGAGUUAGCUAGCCACCCAGGAAAACACCAUGAAAGAUACCGAUAUCAGAAGACUACUGUAUACCCACCUUUUAUGCAUAUUCUCAAUUAUCCUAAGUGUCUUCAUUCCAUCACUCUGCUUGGAGAACUUCUCAAUAUUGGAAACACACUUGACAUGGUUGUGCACCUGUUCUGGUUUUGUAAUUGCUGUCAAUCUAGUACUAUAUUUAGUAGUGAAACCAAAUGCAUCCUCCAAAAGAAGUUCAUUAUCACACAAGGUAACCAGAUUUUUGAAGUGCUGUACCUACUUUCUUAUGUCUUGUUUCUCCUUUCAUGUAAUUUUUGUUCUAUAUGGAGCACCACUAAUAGAGUUGGCAUUGGAAACAUUUUUAUUUGCAGUUAUUUUGUCUACUUUUACUACUGUACCUUGCUUAUGUUUGUUAGGACCAAACCUCAAAGCAUGGCUAAGAGUUUUCAGUAGAAAUGGAGUUACAUCCAUAUGGGAGAACAGUCUCCAGAUCACUACAAUUUCUAGUUUUGUAGGAGCAUGGCUUGGAGCACUUCCUAUUCCACUGGAUUGGGAAAGACCAUGGCAGGUAUGGCCCAUCUCCUGUACGCUUGGAGCGACCUUUGGCUACGUGGCUGGCCUUGUUAUUUCACCACUCUGGAUAUACUGGAAUAGAAAGCAACUUACAUACAAGAACAAUUAACUGGAGCAAAGGGAGAUAUUUCUUUGUGCAGAUUCCGUAAGGGCUGUGCAGAAAUGUGUAUGGUCAAAGCCAAGCAGUUCCAUUUACAGCACUGUUUUUUAUGUAGUUACAACAUGAUGUGAUUGUAGCUUUUUAAACUAUGAAACCCCUGAGAGAUUGUACCUUCUAGUUGAAAUAAAGUAUUUAUAAUAGA